AUGAAAGUCCCCCGCAGCCUCCGAAAAACACUCGAGGUCUUUGUGGCAACUACCCCACAACCUCCGACGACACCAGCCUACCUCAGCAACCACCCGUGGCAACUCCAUAACAAGUCGGAGACUCAGAGUGCCGAGUUCCGCCGUACGGAGCAUCUCAACCGCCACUUUCUUCGUCAUCUCGGCGUUGAUAGGUGUACAAUCGCCCCAUUGAGGAGGCCCUACCCGAAUCAAACGUUGACUCUCCACCCACAGGCUCCGAUACUCCGAGGAAAACCCGCCGGCAUUGCGUUCCUAAAGCUUGCCAGCAUUGUGCGCGCUCGAAACAGCGUUGUGAUGGUGCCAAUCCUUGCGCCAGAUGUGAAUCCAGGAAUCGUUCUUGCCUUUAUGCAAAUGACGACCGCCGUAACCCUGAUUCUUCCCAGGAUUUUCGGGCACCAGUAUCUGAGACCGGGGGAAUUUUUGAUGGGCUCAGUUCAUCGGGUUUUCCUGUUGCCAGAGACUCAGGUGGAAAAUUCGCAAGAAGAGCCACCUCAGGAACCAGGCCCCGAUGCCAGAGACAAUUUCCAAGCUGCUCUCUGGAACCAAGAUGGGCUCCAGUUGGAGCUGGAUCCGCUAUUUCGCACACCAAGCCAGUGGUGCUUUCCAUUUUCGACAGCUAAUGCAUGGCUGAGCUGGGAUGAUUUCCUGAACAAUGAGUUGGCGACACAAGAAAAUACCACGGCUGCUCCUAUGGCUGAUGAAGAUGGCCUGCGGCCUCAGCUUAUCUCGGAAUAUGCAUCUAAUGAAAGACGCGAAGAAGCCCAGGAUUGUUCUGUUCGUGCAGAAGUAGAUGGCGCAGUCUCAGAAACAGCUAUUCAAGAACCUACGCCAACUUCUCUCUUAUCAGAAGAUACCCCAAGGGCAAUUUUUACUAAUCACUCUCAACUUUCUUCUACUUUCGCGAAUGCUUUUCUGCGUUCAUCGGCUUUCAGUCGAUGUUACGACGACUCCACGGAAAUUGAACAGAACCAGGCCCGUCGAAAAAAGCACUUCGUUACCCAUGGCCUCGAAGACCUCAGUCGAAUUGCAGGUUCUUCCUUCCAUCCCGAAGGUGUCGAUGGAAAUGAGGAGGACUGGGAUCUCGAAGCCUACGACCAUGUUCCGAGCUUAAGCUCGCAAGCUUACUCGAUUCUCCAAGCACAGUUUGAAAAGCUGAAUGCGGACACAGACUACUGCAAAGCAUUCACAGAUAAGUCAUUUCCAUCUCGAGAGGCCGUUGACGUAUACAUCCAAUCUCAUUUUGAGCACUACCACCCUAUCUGGCCUUUGCUCCAUCAAAAAACUUUCGACCCAGACCGUGUUCAUUGGAUACUCCUUCUCGCCGUUGCGGCGACAGGGUGCGGGUUUUCGAAGUUUGGCACACUAAGUGAUGUCUUCCUCUUGCAAGAGCUUCUGCGGCGCUCGAUCAACCUUUGUUUGGAUCUUGACCCUGUGCCGGAUGCGGCUUCAGAAUUGUGCUUGACACAAGCUGUAUUACUGGGUCAGAUAGGGUUGAUGUUUUCUGGAAGCAUGUCUUUCGCCGAGCACGCCCAAAGAAACAUGUCUUUACUCGCGACACUUUGCCGACGAGCAGGCUACUUCAGCGAAUCUCAGUCACUCUCUGAGGAUAUUGCACCCCUGCCAGCCAGUUGGAAAAGAUGGAUUUUUGCGGAAAGCAAAAGAAGACUUGUGCAUCUCUCAUGGACGGUCAACUGGGCUUGUUCUUUGAUUUGCCUCCGACUAUACCCACAGAUCUCCUACUACUCCCGCUGCCGUCUGACGAAGGACUUUGGGCAUCGGAUUCUGCAGAAAUAUGGGCAGAUCAAGCCUCCAGAUCACCAACCAAUGACAGCCUUCUUCGAGAACAACUUGUACAAUUUUGGCGUGACGAGAAGGCUCUUCCUUACUUUUGCCGUGUAUCGAGACUCCGCGAACAAUCAAGACGCAAUUCACUACCUUGAAAUUUUGCGUGGCGACGAAGACAUAAAGCCGCCGACCGGCAAAAUUCAGAGGAUCACACUUCAGCACAACCAUGCUUUCAGCCUCCUUCUCCAUAUGCCUUUACGGGUACUCACUGCAUUCUCUGGCUGGGGCGUUAGCCCUCAAGUUAGAGAAGCUGCAGACGGGAGACUUUCUCUAUGGCUCCGCCAGAAUAAGGGAAAGGCGCGUAUGAUUAUCUAUCAUGCCGCCAAAUUGUUCUCGUAUAUUCGGAAUCAUCCCACUUGUGGACAUCAUGAGAAUAAUGCCUUGCUGUACGCCACACUCUCCAUGUGGAUUCACACUCUUUUCAACAGGCAUCAGACGAGCUCUCUCAGAACUCAUCGUCUUGAUAAACCAAAUCAUCAAGAGGCCUUGGUUCAAUGGCUAUCAGGGGACUCUGACUUCCGACUGUACGUGGCGGGCAUUGGAGAUUUAAAUGAUGAACGAGCAUCCGAUCGUUUGGUCCAAGAGAGUGUGCGGAUUUUGACUCGGAAGUCGGGCUGGUCUCUGGGUCUGGCUGUAAGCAUGGUCAUGAGGGCGCAAUGGAGGUCGAAUCGUGGAAUACGAUGA